UAUCGAUACACGCCACAGGACUGCUAUUUUUUAUCAUUGUGUUCAAUGUUGUGAAAAUGGCUUUCCUACAGUGGAGGAGAUUCAAUUUUUUUGACAAGGAGCCUGUGAAGGAUCCUUCUACUGAUCAAAUUUUUGAUCAGCUCAAGGAUGUCAACGUUUCUGCUUGCACCAGUGGUCGUGGGCAGCUGGUGGUGGCAGACUUUGAGGGCAACCUGUACUUCAUCAACAGGCAGAUGGAGCUCACUUCAUUCAGGGCGUAUGAAAUAAGAGUGACUCAUUUACUUCAAAUGAAACAGCACAGCAUCAUUAUAACAAUUGGGGAGGAUGAACAGGGCAUCAAUCCUCUGAUCAAAGUAUGGAAUCUUGAGAAGAUGGAAAGGGGGAUUCCAGCUUGCACCAGAUUGACUAGAGCCAUUCCUGGAAACAAGCCGACACCGGUCUCCUGCUUUACUGUCCAUGAAAAUUUGAACUUCCUGGCUGUUGGAUUUGAAAAUGGAGUAGUGCUGCUGUUUAAAGGGGAUGUGACCAGGGACAGGCACAGCAAACCACGGACUGUGUAUGAAGGAACAAAACGUGUGACAGGACUUGCCUUCAAGACUCAGGGUAAAGAUGUGUUCCUGUUUGUUGUGACAGACAACUCAACCUUGUCUAUCAACCUGACAGCCAAGGAUCAGCAGGCUGAGCUGGAGAACAAAGGGGCCACCCCUGGGACUAUUGUGAUGAGUGAUGCCAGUCAGGACAAUCAGCUGGUUAUUGGCAGGCAAGAUGCUGUGUAUUUCUAUCAACCUGAUGGACGUGGACCAUGCUUAGCCUUUGAAGGGAUAAAGCUACAGCUGCAUUGGUUCAGAGGCUACUUGAUUAUCGUUGGGAAAGAAAGCAAAACUUUACCCAGGGCUCCAGUGUUAGGUCCACAUGGUAUGGAAAUGAACACAGUGACUGUUUAUGACAUUCAGAACAAGUUUAUUGCGUAUUCUGCUCCUUAUCCAGAGGUCAUUGAUGUCAUGUGUGAAUCAGGGUCCAUCUUCAUUUUCACAGGAGACAGAAAGUUUUAUCAACUGCAAGAGAAGGACACACAGAGCAAACUGGAAAUGUUGUUCAAGAAAAACAACUAUGCCUUAGCUAUAAGCCUUGCCAAAAGCCAGCAGUUGGACCAGGACGGUUUAAUCGACAUUUUCACUCAGUACGGUGACCACCUCUAUAGCAAAGGGGAUCAUGAUGGGGCUAUUGACCAAUACAUCAAAACCAUCGGAAAACUUGAAGCCUCCUACGUCAUUCGCAAGUUUUUAGACGCCCAGCGUAUACACAACCUGACCAAGUACCUCCAAGCCUUGCACAAAUCACAAACUGCCACGGAGGAGCACACUACUCUAUUGCUCAACUGUUACACUAAACUGAAGGAUGUCUCCAAGUUGGAUGAGUUUAUCAUGACAAAAGACAGAGAGGUAGACUUUGAUGUGGAAACGGCCAUCAACGUUUGCCGUCAGUCCGGUUACUCUGAGCAUGCUCUGUCCUUGGCAGAGAAGCACAAGAAACACGAGAGCUACCUCAAGAUCCAGCUGGAGGACAUCAAAGACUAUCAGCGAGCCCUCGAGUAUAUUGGAAAGCUUGACUUCGAGGCUGCUGAAAGCAAUUUAAAGCAGUAUGGCAAAAUCCUGAUGAGUCAGGUCCCACAGCAAACCACAGAACUGCUCAAGAGACUUUGUACAGACUACAAACCAACUGACAAGCCUUUGAUUGACCAAAGUAGUCUUGAUGGAGUGCUCCCUCUAUUUGCAUCAAUUUUACUUGACUCUAGCGGCAUUGGCAGAAUCCAGAAAGCAAAUGCUGAAGAGUUCAUUCACAUUUUUGUGAACAACUCUGCAAGACUGACAGAAUUCUUGGAACAUAUGAUUGAGGUGCAGCCAAACUCAUCCAACUUGGUGUACAACACGCUGCUGGAGCUCUACCUCCAUGAUAUGGUUCAUGAGAAAGGGAUUUCGGCUCGUGUGGAAAGAGAGAGAAAGACCUUGGAGCUGCUGAAAAACCCUGAUGCCAACUAUGACAUAGACCAAGCCCUCAUUCUUUGUCAAAUGAACAACUUCAAAGCUGGAAUCUUGUUCCUCUACGAAAAGGCACAUUUGUAUCAGCAGAUUCUCCGUUAUCACAUGGAGCACAGGGAAUAUGUGCAUGUUAUUGAGGCAUGCAAAAAAUUUGGCCAACAGGAUCCCCAACUGUGGGUGCAGGCUUUGUCUUACUUCGCAAGCAAAGAGGAGAACUGCAAGUCACAGCUCAUGGAAACCUUGUCUCAUAUUGACAAGAAAAACCUGCUUCCGCCGCUAAUGGUCAUUCAGAUUUUGGCUCACAAUUCUACUGCAACGUUGUCAGUUGUCAAGGACUACAUUGUCAGAAGACUUCAGAUGGAGAACGAUCAAAUAGCAGAGGACGAGCGACUCAUCAAACAGUAUCGAGAGGACACUGAGAAAAAACGCAGCAAGAUUGAAGAGCUGAAAACUUCUGCAAAAGUCUUUCAAGCAUCAAAGUGCAAUAUUUGUAGCCAUUCACUGGAGCUUCCAUCAGUUCAUUUCCUGUGUGAACCACAUUCAUACCAUCAACAUUGUUUUGAAAGCUAUGCAGAGAAUGACUUGGAAUGUCCAGUCUGUGCACCAGAGAACAGGAAAAUUAUGGACAUUAUCAGAGCACAAGAACAAUCAAAGGAUAUCCAUGAAUUUUUCCAUAACCAGCUUGAAAGAGCCCCUGAUGGUUUUUCUGUUGUAGCUGACUAUUUUGGAAGAGGUGUCUUCAAUAAGGUGACCCUCAUCACCGACCAGGGAGGAAAGCCCAGCAGCUCCACGACCAGGUGAAGGGAGAACACCCUGUAGUGUAGAACACAAGCUCACCGAAACGUCUCUGCCAAAAGUCUGGAGGUCAACCAAGUGCACAUUUCCCAAAUUCUGAGUCUAAGUAACGUUCCUGACUGUAUUUUCUUUUUCUAUGUAAGGCUGUUUAUCACACUACACCUCCCGCCCUGCCCACCCCACCCCCUCAAUCCCGUUUUGUAUGUGAUGUGAGCAAUUGCGUUUUGUUUACAGCCCUGUAUUUUUGAAGAUAGUGCAAUAUCUAGAUAGAUCUCUUCGCGGACUGACCUGUGGCAGAGCAGGACUGGGCUUGUGUUUCUUCAAAAGAAAUUUUGAUUCAUGUACAGAGAAAAUUCUUUCUAUAUUUGUGGUGGCAAAGAAUGCUUGAGAUUAUCAGCAUUCCUUGAUAUAAGUGGAUGUUAUUACGCUCACUCUCAUUUGAGUAUAACCAAUGAUCAUACAUAACAAGAUGGUCCACUCCUCUCUUUGAGCCAAUUAAAAAGGUGUCCUCAAAAUUCGGUGGCGCCCUCUUCACAAAUGCGCACCUUUUGCGAACAGUUUUACCCUACU